AUGUCUGGCCUGCUUAGAGCAAACAGGGUUGGCGGUUCUGCCGGAAAGCUUCGUCGUGUCCGCUCCUUUAGCCUUAGCGACGCUUCAUCGAGCGGCUCCUCGGAUUCCGACGACGCUGGCGCCCGUCUGUCCGCUGCCAGCCUGGACGACUCUCCUCCCCGUGUUCGGUUCUCCUCCGUCACCGAAGAGAUCAGCCAUAUGAGCAUUGCUUCAAGCACUGGGUCUGCCGGUUCUGACCGCGGUACAACCUCGUCUCCUUUCCAGGUUGGCAACACGCCGAGCGGCGACAUUUUCGAGUCGCCCACCGGGAAGGCCCCCGCGAAGCCUGUUCGGGCCUUCGCCACUCCGGUCAUGACCUCCUUCGAUGAAGGCCAAGCCGUCAACAUUCCCGGAACCGAGGCAGAGGAGCGCCGCCUGACUCGUUCCGUGACCACGCCGCACACCAUGUCGUUGACGCCUAGCCAGCGCCCCCUCCGCAGUUUUUCCUCUCGCCAGGACGUCGGCGGUAUUGAUGCCCAGGGCAUCUACCCUCCCAGCGCUUGCGUGUUUGUUGCCAAUCUGCCCGAGUCCAAAAACGACCACGCCCUCGAGGCCGCGGUCACUCGCGAGUUCAGCCAGUUCGGCACCGUCUUCGUCAAGAUCCGUCGUGAGGUCAAGGGAGGCGUCACUGGGAUGCCCUAUGCCUUCGCCCAGUAUACUAAUGACGAGGACGCCAAGGUCGCCAUAGACGAGGGAAGAGGCAUCAUGAUCCUCGGCCGUCCCUGCCGCACCGAGAUGGUCAAGGCCAACCGGACCUUCGUCAUCUACAGCCGCAACGGUGACGAGGUCACCACCGACACUGCCCGGGAGAUCGUGGAGCCGUAUGGCGAGCUCAGCAAGUGCGAGCCGCUCAGCGCCCAAAUGUGCACAGCCAUGGACAUCCCCACGGCUAUUCUCGUCGAGUUCGCCAGGUUUGAUCCCAAGCGCGAUCUCAACACGGCCGUCCGCCAGCACGACGGUUACUGCAUCGAUGCCUUUGAUAUGAAGAAGAAGAACUUUAUCUCGCGCACCGACGCCGACGAGGAAUUCCUCCGCAAGUACGAUGUGGACCGUCGUUCUGUCUUUAUCGGAAAUCUGCCCGUCGACACCCAGAAGCAAGAGAUUAUUAAUCUCUUCUCCCCCGUCGGCGAAAUCCUGGACGCCAACGUUAUUGCGCGUCCCAACUAUCAUGGCCACAUCACCCGGGCUUUCGCGUUCGUCGAGUUCGCCAGGGCUGACACUCCGGACGAAGCGGUCCAGAACUUUCAUGACACUUUCUUCCGCGGCAACGCCAUCAAAGUUGAGCGGAAGGUCUUCAAGCAUCAUGGCACUCCCCGCCGUGUGAAGUCUCAGGCGUUUUCGACCAGGUCGUCAACCACGCCCAAGACGCCAAGAACAGCCGCCGCUGCCGCCGCCGCCGGCAGGUCGCCCAUGCCUUCCGGCGGUCGCUUCUCUGCUAGGAAAGAGACGUCGGCCCCUCCCGCCCAUCAGGGCUACAACCACCCCGGCGCCGGCCCGUCGUUCGCCCCCUUCGGCUACCCCGCGCCGAGCCCCGCUGCUCCGGCCGGCGGGCAGCCGCUGCUUGGCGCCAGCGGCCUCCCCGUGACGCCAUCCGCCACCCCCUUCGCGCCCAACCCGUACAGCUACGCGGGCGGCUUGUGGCCCGGCAUGUCCUACGCCCUGGACCCCGUCACCGGCCACGCUUUCUGGGGCUACACCCCGCCCGUCGGCGCCACCAACGCGCCGGCCGCGCCGACCGAGACCCCCACCCGCGGUGGUCCCCGUGAGAACCACUACUUCCACGGCGGCGCUUAG